AUGCCAAUGGGUGUAGGAAAUGGUGAAGGGGCUCCACAAGCAAAUGUGGCCCUUCAAGAAGCUGUUCAAGACCUUCCAGGUGGAAAGAGGAAAAAUGUUGUGGAGGAAGGGGCUUCAAAAUCUCAAGCCAAUGCAAUGAUUGGGGCCAGUAAUUUUUCCCCAGAGGAAGUAAUUCAGAUUCUCGGGAGGCCAAUCAAGGUGGAAAAAGGGGUUCCAGCUCCUAAACAGUUAAUUACUGGGGUCAAAGGUGGAUCUGGUCAGGAUUUUGUUACACCAAGAUCCCCUGUGACAAGUGAAGAGUCUGAUUGGGGGCCAAUGAUUGAUAACCUCUUGGGACAGAAAGCAGAUGACGUGACUGAAGAAGAGUCGGUUGAUGAGUGGUGGGAUGCUGUUGAACAAGAAUCACAAGUGUCUGUGGAAUGUGGAAUUUCAGCCUCCAAGAAUAAUUCUGAUUUGGGGCCAAUGACUGAUGGCCCAAUCACAGAUUUUCAAGAGUGGAUGUAUAAUUUACCAAUUCCAGACGAGGAGGACUAUGACCUGGACUCUUGGGCGAUCUCGAUUGAAACCCAUCAAUUAUCAACUGUCCUGCACCCUAUGGGUCUUGUCACUCUUGCACAUCACGUCUUGGCAUUACAGGACCAUAAAGACUUUUCCGAUUUUGUGUUUGUGGCGCAAGGUGCAUGUACCAUUCGAAUGCCCCCCAACUUCAAGGAAAGGGUGCUUCAGAAAUUAUGGAACAAUUUCCAUAUCAUUGCGCAUCCCUCUGCAAAUCCUCGAAUUCUCAACAUGGGAUCACCUUCUUGUACUGUCAGAAUGCUCCAGGAGGUUUUUCAUCAACUUCGUGUUCCAACCUUGCGUUUGGCGUCAUAUGGGAUGAAGUGCCCCUUUCGUCUAGUCACUCAUAACCUUGGGGAGGGUGUCCGUGACUUUAUGACAAUAAAUCAAAGGAAAAAUCACUUUGACAUUGGCUUCACCUUUUUUCCUUACUACGGCACCGAUCAAUUCCGCCACCAGAUCCUGCUGGCAAGACGCCCUCCUGGUACGAGACGAUGUCGAUCAGAAUCUUAUCCGACGCUACUAGAACUUGGCGAGGGCUUUGGAACUGUCAAUCUCCAGACAGAGCAUGAAGCCAUCACCCGCCUCAAGUGCUACUCUUCACUCACCCAUGCUCUCAAGGCGACCUCCCAAAAGGACAUGAAGCAUGCUCCCACAACCGCCAUGACCUGGAAUACUCGUUUGAAGACCUUUGAGAAGAAGCGUGACAUCUUGGCCGCAAACGAUCCCGCCCACCUCUGUGGACUCAGAUUUGAAGCAACCGUUUAUGCCUCCACAGUGGAUGAAGCCCAGGAGAUUGUGAGGAGAUCUGGAUAUCUUCACCCCCGUGCUUACCGCCAUGGACCCGAAAACCCAAACGAACAAAUUGCACUGGACUUCAAGGCUGUCCCAGUUUCAGAAUACUUUGCAUAUGUAGCUCUUAUGCUCAAGAAGCUCAAAAGAAUGCAAACUGGGGUCUCUCAAAAACAUGAAACCCAACGAAAAAUCACAGACAUUCAAAAGCAGGCCAUUGUGGAUGUUGCCAAUGCACUUGGAUGGAAUGGCGGGGCAGGACAGAGGCCAACCAGUGUAGAUAGAGAGAAGGUGCCAGAUCCCUGGUGGGAUGAAUACGAUGACAGUUGGGAGGAGCGCCGUUUGAAAGAAGGAGAAGUGACUUUGGGGAACUUGCUGAGGGUACCUGUGUUGGACCUCUGGCAAUUGCGACCAAGACGAGUAUUUCCUUGUAGCAUUUGCCAUGCUCUGGACAACCCAUCACCCCCGAAACCAGACAAGUCCAAAUUCUAUCCGCCUGGUUCUUUCACCUCAGUUGGUGGCACAAAGCAUUUCAAACUCAAAUGCAAUGGAUGCGGAAAGACCACAACUAGCGCCCAGGAAGCUGUUAACAUGUUAGCCACAUGGAUUGAAAAGUUGGGAUUACCGCUUCUUGGGGAGCAUAGAAGACGAACACUUGCUGGUGGCUAUUGCUUGGACAACCCUGAAAAAAAUCCAUCCCUCAGUCCGCCACCCAAAACUGUUACAAUAGAAUCAACCGAGAAGUCUACUCCUGAGCCUGAAAAGAAGAAGGGUGAACGUAUCCCAGUGGUAGUGAUCCCCAAGCUUGGGCCAAUUGUUGUGAAGGCAAAGAAACCCCAAACCGAGAAUAUUCCCGCUAAAGCAACAACAGCCAGUCUUUCCGAUUUGGUCAAUAAAGACAUUGUUGAGCUUGCAAGCCAAGCCAAUAACGUUGCAAAGUCAAAACUCGAGGUUGUUGUGGCACAGAAGACGACAGGAACACUACUUGGCUGGGUUGGAUUUGCUGAUUACUUGCUCAAGAACAAUCUCUGGGAAGACUCUUCAUCUGCCCUUCCUUCUACUCAAGCAAUCCCUACUGUUUCAUCAAUGGACCAGUUGGAUAACUGGAAGCUUUCUAACGGGGCAGUGGCAAUUUGGGUUCUGGGCGACCAAGAAAAACAUGGGGAGAUCAGGAAGACUUGCUGGAGAGAGCUUGUGGAAAAUCAGGACGAAUACGCACCAUAUGUCACUGAAGAUGACCUCAGAAAUCCAGGCAACCCUGUGCCGCAAGCCAUUGUUGAUGGGGCUAACAUUUACGAUGUCUUUCUGGAAAAAAGCUUAACCGACCGAUUUUGGGGUGGCGAUAAACACUUGUCUGCACUUGCACAAGCUCUUGGGAUCCGAAUUGUUGUGCUAACCCAACAACGGGGAACUUUUGGAUAUCAACCUAGAACCAGACAGCCGGAGAAAACCAUCUAUGUGUGGUAUAACGGCGGAACACACUAUGAAAUCAUUUGGAAUAAAAAACUUCACAGGCCUCAAUCAGCGAAGAAGAAAACACCCCAAAAAAAUAUGCUGCCAGGGAAGCCUCUACUCAAGCCGCCAUCCAUUGCAAAAAGUGUUUCAAAUGUAAUCCCUGAUGCUCCAAAAGGCAAGAGAGUAUCUUUUGGCACCUUGGUUCUUGAGAAAACAAUGACCACCGGCAAAACUAUGAUGCAUAUUGACCCAAGACUUCAAUCUCCCCCCAACUCUAAUGCCCCAUCCAUUUCCACAAUUGCAAGCAUCCGUAAAAGCCAAGAUCAGAAUCCCACCUCACCGAAAAACUCUACUCCACUCAAACAUCCAAAUUUUGUAGUUCCUCCUACUUUUGCCUUUGCUGGGACUCAUCCACUUCCUGAAAAAUUGAAGAAGAAGAAGAGAAACAGGAUGCCUGGAUUGGAGAAGAGUCAUGGAUUGCCUGUUGUUUCUGGCUAUUGGAACACAUUAAACGAACGGUUGCGGUUGGAAACUGGAAGAAACAAGAAGACUCUUCCUUAUGGCGUCAUACGGUUUGCCAUCCCCGAGGGCCUUUUGGAUGGUUGGCGCAUUUCACAUGACUUCAUUCAAACAUCACGGUCUGUCUCGGCUCCAGAUAUUACUGGCUUCUACCAUGCAGUUGGUUACUGGAUGACCGGCACACAAGAUGGCCAUGCAAUUUUCCAAAAGCGCUUGGCCGACCAAUUGGGAGGUCAACUACCUCAAAUGUCAAGGGAUCAACAAAAGUCAUCAAGAUUGGUGAAUGUGGAAAACAAAAACCUUUUCUCUGUUGGCGAAAUAAAGAAGGCUUUCCAAUUGGUUUUUGAUGGUAAAAAACCAGACAAAGUAGUAUAUACUACUGCUGCAACCAUGUUGAGGGUUACUUUUGUUGAGGUGGUGAUGGGGCCAAGCCCUGCUAAUUGGAUGCAGUACUCACCGACUGGAUACCAGAAUACAGCUUUUCCUUGUCUAUACCUUAUUUUCAAUUCAAUUUCCAGACGGUUCCAAAUCAUGUGGGCACCAAAGAUUCAUCAGCCAGUAGUUGGUCCCGAAAACGCCGAUCUUCAAACACGCUUAUCAGGUAAUACCACCUUGUUUUCGGACACUCAAUCACCCCCAUCCCUACACCAUAUAUUGCCAGUCCAGAUAUAUCAACCUUCAGAAAAUUCAACCUGGCAAACCUCCAAUUGCGAUACUUCACCGCCCCAGAAACGCUUCAAAAUAAUCCAAACAGGUCAAAAGCCAAUUCUAACCCUGGAGUCGUAUUCCAUGCCCACCAUUGAAGACUUGAAGACAGUCGAUUUUGGUCCAGCUUCUGGGAUUCAUAUAUUCCACCAGAAAAAAUCAUGCAAUCCACAGUGCCGUGCAGUUGCCAAGACAGCCUAUUUCGAGUUGGGGAAUUUCAAAUAUGUUGGAUGGAGAUUUUCAAUCAACCUUUUUCCAGACAACAAGGACUCCAUAUGGCGUGCUCUCAGCUUUUGGAUAUAUGGCAGUCAAGGAAGACAUAACGAGAUCAGAAGGUCAUGCGAAAGCAGGACCCAUGUUCUCAACAACCCGCUCGAAGACCCUCCUGAGUUUCAUUACUCAGAGAUUCCAGGGCUAUUGAGGGAAGUAUCAAACAGAUAUCGGGCAAGAAUUUUACUUGUUUGGAUUCAUGAUGGAAUCGCUAACUUGCAAGAAUUCAAUCCACGUUACAUUGAUGAAGAUGAUGAACGCUUGGUUCCCAGGAAUUACUUCAUUUACAGUUGGAAAGGAAGAUUUGGUAUUUUUUAUUGUCACCACCACUUGUGA